UCUGGUUCUGGUUCUGGUUCUGGUCCAUCCCCUUCAGAUCUUGAAGAUGGUUGGGCAAAUAUGGAUCAUGAACUUUGGAAAUUAUGGAAUAAUAAUUUUGCUACACGAGAAUUAUCAAUUAUAAUUAUUCGAACAUUAUUUGAAGAUAUUUAUUUAUUGGAUGAUCCAAUUGCUUCUAAAAGAACCGUUUUAUUAAAUCAAUUAAGUGUACUUAUUAUAACUCCAUCAAAUGUUAUUGAUAAUAUUUAUGAAAGAAAUCCUCAUGUUUUAAUAUGUAAAGCAAUACCUGAAGGUUGGUUUUCAAUUUGGAGUAAAUUUUUAAUUGAUAUAUUAUCAAAUAAUGAUGUUAAAAGUAAUACUUGUCAAAUAUUUGUUCCUAAAAUUUUAUCAACUUUUAAAACUUGUUUACAUUGGAUUCAACCAACCGUAUUAAGAUCAGAAAAUAUAAUGCAAACAUUAAUUAAUAUACUUACUUUACCUGAUAUAAAAUUAAAAACUUUAGCAGUUGAUUGUUUACAUAUACUUUUUACAAGAAAUUAUAUUAAUCUGGAAGAUUUUGAAUUUUUUAUUGGAUCUAUUUUUACAACUGAAGGUAUAAGUAAAUUAAGUGAAUUUUAUUUAUCAUUAGAAUUAGAUCCUGAAGAUAUUGAUGAACAACUUUAUUCAUUAUUAAAGAAAACAGUUGAAAUGAUUGUUUCAUUAAGUGAAUAUCUUAAUUUAUCAUCAAAAAAUAAAGUAUCAUGGGAAAAUUCUGAUGUUGAUUCAUAUUUAAGAUUAGUUUUAACAACCACAAAUCAUGCAAGUUUAAUAAUAAGUGGAUUAUCAUUACAAAUGUGGGUAACUAUAUUAAGAUUUGAUGAAUUAAGUUCAAAAGAUGCUAUAUUAAAAAUUUUAUUGGAUUUAUUAGAAAUUGCUGCUAAUAGAACCAUAAAUUAUAAUAAUGAUGAAGAUAAUAUUUCUAAAAAAUUUCUUGAUGUUGAUUUUGAUAGUCCACCUGAUGCAUUAUCAUUUUUACUGAAUUAUAGAAAAUUUAAUGAAGAUAUUGUAAGAAUAACUAUAUGUAAAAAACCUGAAGAAGGAUUAAGAUGGUUAGAAAAUCGAUUAGAAUUAUUUUUUAGUUCUAAAGUAGGUAAUCAAUGUAUUACUGAAUAUAAAUUAGAUGAAAAAUCUUUAGCAUUUAAUUAUGGUACAUCACAAUUUAAUAUAAUUGAAAAUUGUAUUAGAGGAAUUUCAAGAUGGAGAAUUUGGUAUAAUGGAGAAGAUUUUGAUAUUGUAAAUGAUCAAUUAAAUAAAUUAGUUGAAGGAUUAGGUGAAAGAUUAUUAGCUAUGAAUCUUGCCUCUCCAUUAUUAAUUAGAAAACAAGUUCAAACUUUAGUACAAUUUGCUCCAUUAUUAAAAGAUGUUAGUCCAUUAAUGUUUCAAGUAUUAGAAAAAAUUUUAACUACCGCAACUUUUGAAUAUCCUGAUAAUAUAAAUGAUGAAGAAAAAGAAUUAAUUCGAGAUUUAAGAACAAGUUGUGGUACAGAAUUAAAUCGUUUAGCAUAUAUUAUGCCAGAAUCACUUAAAAAAAUUUUUAAUGAUUUAGAAAAUGUAGUUGCAAAUAUUUUAUCUUCAAAAAAAGUUACUGAUCAUGAAAAUGUUGCAUUUAAAUCAUUUUUAUUAGUAAUUGCUUCAAGAUCAAGUAUUAAUGAUAAAGAUGAAUUAUUUGCUAAAAUAGUUGAUCCAGAAUUAUCAGCUUGGUCAGCUCCAGAAACUGAAAAGGGUUUAAUGGAUUUACAUUGGUUUAUGGAAAGAAUGGGAAUAGUUGAAAUUGCAUCAUAUUUUCAAAAACGUGGUAUAACUGCCACCACUAAUCUUUUAGAAGCAAAAAUGGAUGAAGAAGGUCGAUUAUUAAAGAAUAGAUUAAAAGAUCAUUGGUCAUCAAUUUUCCCUAUACGAGCCACGAGAAUUUUUAUACAAUAUAGUAUAGAAAAAUUAAGUCAUGAUUCACCAGAAUAUCUUAAUUUAUUAAAAUUAUGGAAACCAAGAGUUAGACCAAUAAUUCCUCAUAUUCUUCAAUUAUUAACUCAAAUUCAAGCUUAUCAUAAUCCAGAAAAUUGGAAAGAUUUACCUGAUGCUGUACAAGCAUUUGUAAGAUAUAGUUGUAUGGAAAGAUUUUGGCAACAAGGAGUUUCAAUUCAAUCAAAGGAAACUUUUAUUGAAGAAAAUGUUAAAGCAGCAUUAACUUUAAGAGAUUUUGCUGAUUCUGUUGGACAUUUAAUAAGAUAUACUCGAGAAUAUGCCUUUUUAACUAUUGGAUCUUUAUCACAAUUAGAAGAUACUUUAUAUGAAAUUCCAAAUAUUGCUACUAUGUUUUGGAAAGCUGUUGCAGGUGAUACUCUGGGAGUUACUUUACAUAGUUGGAAACAUAUGAUUAAUAGUAGUUUAAGAAGUGUUAUUAAAUUUUGUCCAGUUAAAUAUGUUGAUGUAUUUAUGGCUGAAUUAUUACCAAAAGCAUUUAUUGAUAUUGAUAAAUUAAUAGUUAGUAGAUGGGAAAAAGUUUAUCAAAAUGGAUUAAAAUUACAAGGUAAUGAAGACGAUGAAACAUUAUCAGAAGAAAUGAUGGAAGAACAUAUGUUAAGACAAUUAACUGCCACAGUAGUUCGAUUUUUAAUGGAUGUUGUAAGUCAAUAUAAUGCUAAAUCAAUAACUGAUACUCAAUUUGCAUGUCGAAGAUUAAUAAUUGAAAAUAAAGAAGUUAUGGCACCAUUUUUACAAAUUUGUUGUCAUAUAAUUAUGUUUAAAGAUACCAAAUGUUCAUUUAAUACAAUAUUAGUUGUAAGAAAUGUUUUACUGGAAAUUUUAUUAAAAGAUGAUGAAGUUGAUAUUUAUUUAUGUGAUAAUUUAAUGAAAGCAUUAUUACAAGUUUUAAUGGAUGAUUAUUUUAUUGAAACUCAUGGAGAAGCAGCUGUGGCAUUUACUACAUUAUAUUGUAGUUUAAGAUCAAAGAAUGAUUAUCCAGCUCGAGUUAUGAUACAAUUUUUACCAAAUAUAACUACUCAACAUGUUAGUACUUUUGAAGGAUUAUUAGUUAGUAGUAAAUCUUUAAGACAUCAAAGAGCAGCAGUAUUAGAAUUAAUUAGAAUUGCAAAAGAAACUUCUGAAGAAUCUGAUGAAUUAGAUAAACGUAAGAAGCAACUUGAAUCUGCAGGAUCAGCAAUAAAGAAAAAGUCAACUGGAAUAGAUAUGAUGAAUGAUCCAUUUACUGAAAAUGCUCCUUUAGAUAAUUUAUUUGGAGAAGCUUAGGGUAAUGUAUAAUUGUAAUAAGUUUAAUGUAUUUAGUCGUAUUGAUUGGUGGUGUAGACUGUAGUAGUAUGCUGUUAGGAUACUGUAGUAGGAUACUGUAGUAAGUAUAGAAUAGUAUACGGUAGUACUCUACAGUGUAAUGCAGUAGAGUAUUGGGGAAUAGUACAGUAUACAAAGUGUAUAGUAUAGCAGUGUGG